AUGAAUAUCGGCCUAAAUCUAAUCUGGUUGCGAAAAUAUACUAAAUAUAAAGUUGCAUUUCAGGAAAGCGAGGCGAUAUCGCUCUUCGCUACAGCGUCCAAGCUGGCCACCGUGGAAGAUGAGGGUCCAAAGCGGCCCGAAGGCCCCAUCCGACCAUCCGCCGCCACCCUGAAAGUUUCACCCACGGCAAGGGCGAUUCUCCAGGCAUCAAGGUCAUCGAAGAAUAAGCUAGUUACUCCCGUUAGUACACGCGACGCUGAGACCAUCACGGAUGUAUGCAGCGGCGAGGAAUUGCCAGAAGUCGAGAUAAUCAGUCUGCUGGAAGAGCAAAUACCGAGAUAUCGUCUCCGGGCCGACACCUUAACGCAGUUUCAAGGAUACGAGAACGCCGAUUGGUUUAUCCCGGCGCCUGCUCUCAGAUCGGAGGACGUCGAUUUGAAAUUAUCGCCGGAUCAGAUCCGGGAGACUCUUAACUAUUUUAGUAAGUACAACCUCUAA